AGAAGCGUCGCGCGAACUCACGGCUUGCAUGCUUCGAAGUUGACUUGCUCCACAACAAAGCGGAGCAGCGCGAGCAGCGGCAUGGAUCACAACCUCAUCGUUAGCAUGAAGCAUCAGCCAUCCGUACCGUCUGUCCUCCCUUUCUGCACAAUCCGAUGAGUGUGCGCUUUCGGGCGGGACAGGUACUGGCAAGUCUUUAACGCCAUUUCUGCUGCUGAAUUCGGCUUCGUUCGACCACCUAGCUGGCACCCUCACCCCGCUUCAACACGCUCAUCAUCACAAUCGCAAUGCAAAAGCUAGCAGCCACGCAUACAAACCAUCAUUGAUUGCUACAAAGCACUACACAAUACAAGCUGGUCUCCUCUCUCUGUGCUGAGAAGCAUCACGUCGGACGCCGUAGCUGAGGCUUCAGCGCUCAACGAAUGGGCGAUCGCUUCGCGGCGCUGGCUGGCUACGCUGGAGAUGAGACGGUAGCGACGGAUUACAACAGGACUGGGCCAGGAGGGCUGACCAUGGCAGGGCUCGACACGACCGACGACUCGAGCAUUGCUCCUGCUGCUCGCAGUAAGCCAAGCUCUUCUGCACCUCGGCCGCUCUCGCCACGCAAAUCCAAUGUACCCACUAACGCUCCAUCUGCGAUCGGAAAGCCUGUUGCGGGAGCGAGAACAGCUUCUGGCUCCAAUGUCAAGGCUUCCAGAGUGCCGCUUCGCAACGAUUCAGCUACCGAGCCUUCGACGCCUCAAGCUGCCAUCGACAGGCGCGCCCACAAAUCGCGCGUAGAGAUACCCGCUACAGAUCGCAAGCAGGAUCCGCGCAGAUUGCAAGGCAUCAGGAUCGUAGAUGGUGAGGACUCGGUGGCGCCUUAUGGCGAGGUCGACGAUACUGGCAUUCUGGAGGACAGCGAUGCAGACUUCAUUCGCGCACAGCAAGAUUUAUCGCGAGCCAACGAGACGUCGCUUGCGAACGGCGCGAGCCUUGAAGAGUCUGCGAUCGGAUUGACUGAGGCACAGGCAGAGAAAGCUCGCCGAGCAGCAGGUCUGAGCAUGAAGGUAGCCACAGAGCGCAACGAUCAGUUGACAAAGGAGAACAACGACUUGAAAAUUGAGGUGGAUCUUCUCAGGCAGCGUUACAAGCAUUCGGACAAUGAUGUCAUGCAACAAUUGGUCUCCAUCACUCAGGAGCACCGAAGGUUGCAAGCUCGUCUCGCGAAGCAGGAUCAAUUCAUUCGGGAAGCGGGACCGGAAUUGGCCGCAUACAAGAAGCUCCAAAAGCGCAUCGGCAAGGAAGACCCUGUCGCUCUCAGAGCCGAAGCGCAACGAGCUCAGGCUGAGGCUGAAGAGCAUCGCUCAGCUCGCGAAGCGCUGGAAGAGGAGCUUGCGGAUGUCCGCAACCAAUCCGAGGAAGCAAAGGCGGACCUGGAAGCGGAGAGGCAGGAUCAUCAGAGCGAACUAUACACUCGCCAGCAAGAAAUUGCCGAUCUCGAAGACCAGAUUGAGCAGCUCCAAGAGCGUGCAGAGACGCAUGGCAGAACGAAUGCCGAGGUUGAAGAAAUCAGAGAGCAGCUGGAUGCGCUGCAAGCCGAAAACAAGGCAUUGACUAUGGAGCUUGAUCAGCUGCAAGCGAAGAAUAGCGAUCUAGAAGGGCGAGUCGAUGACCUCGACGCGGAAAAUGCUGACUUGGCAAAGAUGGAAGGCGAGCUUCAACGCGAGCUUGACCAGGUGCAGCGACGCUUGGCCGACGUGGUCGAUGAGCGCGGUGCGGAUGAGCAGCACCAUCAGCAGCAGAUUGUCGACGAAGUUGGGGCAGCCACGCAAGCCUUGAAAUUCCAGUAUGAAGCCGAUAUCAAUGCGCUCAGGGACGAGGGCAAUGCGGAGAAGGUGCGCGUCGAGGAGCUCGAAGCAACGCUUGACGACUACGAGCAUCGGAUGGAUGAGCAGCUGGAGCGCAUCGAGCACCUUGAACUUGAGAACCAGAACACCGCCAAAGCGUUGGCGGAAUCUGAAGCGGAGCUGGACGAGCUGCUUCGAGAGAAAUCAGAGCUUGAGAGUCUCCUUGCGACCAAAGAGACCCAGCUGAACAACACCGAGUCUGCUCGGCAAGCUGCAGAGAGCUACCUCGAGGAAAAGACCCAUCAGCUCCAGCAGUCUGACGCAGAAUUGAGCGAGGCUGCGGGACGCCUAAGCAAUGCCGAGGAAAGAAUUGAGCGCCUCAGUGCGGAUCUUGACGAAGCACGUCACGACACGGAUGAGCUGUUGCAAAACUUUGGCGAAGAGCGCGAUCGCUACGUCAGAAAGAUUCAAGCUCUCAGAGAGCGUUUGGAGGAUCGCGAUAGACAGAUCGAGGCGCUUCAAGCUCAAGCUGAUACCACGCAGCACGAUAUGAACAAUGGAGCGGAGGAGAGGGCUGUCUUGGCACAUAGGGUGGAGCAGCUCGAAGAAGAGCGCGAUGACCUUCGUGAAGAGACCGCCAAGCUGCACGCCAAGCUGGAGGACAUGCUUUCCGAUUUACGCACUGAGGAGCAAGAACGCGAAGACGAAGCUCAGAAACACGCCAACGCAAUGGAAGACCUUCAAGAUCAACAUCGUCGUUUCGUAGACGAGAAGGAAGCGGACAUCUCCUCAAUCGAAGCUGAGCUUGAGUCAUCCAAGAAGGCAUUGCAGACGUGCAAGGCGGAUCUCGAGACGUUGCAGAGCGUGUUGCGCAGCAAGGAGAUGGAGAGCGACCGUCUCGGCAAGACUCACUCGACGGAUCGACACUCUCUGGAGCUAGAAAUUGACCGCCUCAAGAGAGACUUGACCAACUGCGAAUCCGAUCUGGAACGCUCCCGCAAAGAUUUGGACCGCAGAGAAGAUGCUCUGAGGGACAAGGAGGCGCAGCUGUCUCAACUGCACGCUGAUAUCAGAACGCUCAAUGAUAGGGUUGCGAAGGAGAGCAGCGGCAAGUCGAGCCUGGACGAGAAGCUGGAAAGCAAGGAACGCGCGAUCGCUGCGAUCCAAGCGGAGCUAGACGAUGCUCGAGUCAGGGUUACUCAGCUCGAAGAGGAGCUCAAUGACGGCGAACGUUCCAUGAUGCAAGAUCAACAGCAAAUACGCAACCAGCUCACCGAGCGCAACACUCUUUUGCUGAACGUGUACCAAUUCAUGGGCAAGAUUCUUAGCGCUGACAGGCUCGGCGGUGCGAGCGGCCCGCGCAAGAGCGGCGCAAACGACAGCAAGCCUUUCACCAACUUUGCAGUCUUCCACGACAAUUUGACGACGCGCAUGCAUCGCCUUUCAGAUAUUCAAGGAUCGUUUGCUGAGCGCGUCAAGACGAUCGAGGGCAAGUUUACGGAGCAGUUCAGUGCGCUGAAACGUCAACAGGACAGCAAGUUUAGGCAAUUGGAUCGAUGCGAAGUUUCCAUCAAGACGGCAAGCGACAAGUCGAACGCGUGGAGAGCUCGCAUGGUGGCCAAGCAAUCCGAGCUGGACUUGGCCAAAACGACCGCCGCCGAGCUUCAGACGCAAUUGAGUUCCUUCAAGACCCGAUCCAAUUUGGCUUCGACGGGCGAGAACAGCAAAAUGUCGGAUCUGACCUCUAGAGCCAUGAUUGCGGAGAGGAAGCUGAAAAAGGCUCAGGACGACCUGCAUCAGUGCAACGAACGGCUGGUGGAGGAGAAAAAGAAAUCCGCAGAGGAUCAGGGCAACUCGUCGGCUCAAAUCAAGGAGCUCAAGAUGAGGUACAAGAAGCUGGAAGAGAGGCUCAAGAGCGAACGUCAAGGAGCCAAGGAACGCGUCAGCGAGCUAGAAGCCGAGAUGAAACGCUUGAAGCAACAAGAGCUGGCAGGCACUCAGAAACGUCGUGUCAACGUCGGCAACCUUCACGAUGCGCUCAAGGGCGCUGGUGCGCAGGACACUUCUUGAGGGCAUCGUGUCGCUCGUGCGCAGGAGACUUUGUGCACAUCUGUUCCAGUCACGUUCGCUCGGUGCAUGCUCCAUUCCCUACAUUCUGAUCUUACCAAGAUACGCACCUAUACUACCUGUACUUUUGAUACUACCUACCUUUGAUCGACACAAGUCGGCUUGCGCCCAGACUGUGGUCGCGGGACUCGGGGCCCAAGUAGACUUGUGAACUGUUUUUUUGC